AUGGUCACUAAGGUUGUGGUAACACAGCCAAAGGUACCAGAGAAGAGCCCGUCAAAACCUAAGAAAGAGAUAGUUACUAAAGGGAAAAAACGGGUGGAAACCCCGGUAGAGUACCCAGCAAGCCUGAAAGUUGCCUUCGAGGCAACCGAGGCAGAACUGGUGAAGGCUCUUUGGGACGAGCUGGUGAAGAAGAAAUGCUCGCCAAAAUUCAAGUGGAUUAAAAAGGAGCCCCACGUGACGAAGAGUGGAACGUUUGCUAGUCUCGGCAAACCUCCACUAAGCCUCAUAACAGGCAACUUACCGGGAGAGAAACCAGCGGCUGCGUUGUUGGUGGUGAACCCUUUAUUGGGGGCGACACUGAUCACGCAGUUUAGCGGGACUCACACGGUAAUAGUGGAAAUCCGAAGCGGGAACAGGAGCCUCCACGUGGGCAGCACGUACUUCCAAUUCUCUGAGAGAACUGAACUCCAUGUCGAAAGACUGGAGAAAGUGAUCCGUGAGUUGGGCGGUGCGGACUGGAUCAUAGGGGGUGACUUCAACGCUAGGUCUACACUAUGGAAUGACACACAUAUGGACGUGAAAGGUGAAACGGUAGGUGACAUGAUAAUGGCCGGGGACAUGAUCUGCUAUAAUGUUGGUUCGACACCUACCUUCUACACUAGUAUGGUAUCCGCGAUACUUGAUCUGACGCUCGCGUCGGUAAGAGCCGCGGUGAAAGUAUCUGGUUGGAGGGUGGUCGAGGACGCGAUAUCCAGUGAUCAUCGGCUAAUAUUAUUCGACUAUGAUUGGGAUGAGGUAGAGACGACGACAAGUACAAGUAAGAGGUUCAAUGUCUGGAAAGCCGACUGGGACAUAUUUCGUCAAAAGCUGGCAGAGAAACUGUUUGACGGUCAAUCUAGCUGGCUGGAGGGAGAUAUUGAUUCCAGAGCGGAUUACCUAACCUCGGCAAUCAGUGGCGCGUGUAAGAAGUCGAUGCCGUACGUGAGGGAGCGGGCGUUCGGGGCUAAUUCGUGGUUCACGGAGUCUCAUUAG